GGAGAUACUCGGUUCAGAUAAUAACAUUUCAUCUCGCAUCACGGCACCUGUUUAGGUUUCGCAACACCUGCACUCGCCUCAGAGUUUCCAAUUCGCUUACCCACCUAUUUUCAUCUGGACUGCGCUCCAGUCUUCCUUCAUCCGCUACAUUACCUCCCCUAUCGGCUCUGAGCCUCUACGAGUCACUACUGAUCCGGUUGGGCUCUUCUCCCAUUGCACUCUGCUCUUCCCAGUCCCCAGCGCUGACACUGUUUCUGCUUCUCUCUAUUUUAAGGCCUUGAGGAUCCAAAUAGCACCGUCGUCAUCAUGGCGUCGAGUUCGGACGAAGGCGAGAUCGUCGAGAACGGCGCUGAAGAUUUGAAGGCAACUUCACUGCAGCAUACUGGAGGAAGCAGUGUUGACCGUCAAGACAGACACAAAAGUAGACAUUCGACUCCGGAUCACGAUUCGGCUUCUAGAUACAGCAACAACUCACGACGAAGUAUCUCACCCCGUGGCUACAAGCGAUCGCACGACGAAAGAGACAGAGAUAGGGAUCACUACAACUCCAGGCCUCGCGAUCAAGGCUAUCGCCGGAACUACGAAGAUACUCGACGCGACGACCAUCGCAAGCCGCGAGGACAAUACGAUGACCUAGAUCGACCUGCAUCGCGCGCAUCAAAUUUCAGCUACGGGGGCCGCGAUCGGAGCCGCGACCGAGACAACUACCGCGAUGGAGACCGAGAUCGGUAUUCCAACAAACGACCUCGGAACAGGAGUCGCUCUCCUCAAAGAUCUCGACCUUCAGAUAGGGGCAGGUUUGAUCGUUUUGUUAGAGAAGGUCAAUACGAUCGUCGCGACGAUGGACCGAGGGGACUUAAGUAUGACGACAGCUCGAGAAAUGGCGGUUCUAUGUCCAAGAGGACGACUGUAGGAGAGGCUUCACGCGCCCAAGGACAUCAUGCUAAACCUGAACAAGGCCUUACCAAUGGACAUGGCACUUCUAAGGCUUCUCAGCAGGAGCCAGCAGCUCACAAGGAACCCGAACGAAAACCGGAACCUGAGCCAGAGCCCGACUACGAAGAGCCUGAGCCGUUUGACGAAGAAGCUGAAAUCGAGCGACGCCGCAAGCGACGUGAGGAGAUUCUGGCUAAGCACAGCUCUGCAACUCCUCUCCUUCUCCAUGCUGUAGGUGCUGCUGCAAGCAAAGCUCACGGAGCUUCUCCUGCGUCCACUGCGCCCGACACGCCCAUGAGAGCACAGUCCGACAUUGAAAGCCCCCGCACUCCCCGUUCAGAUAUCGCAUCACCGUGCUCUCCCGGAUCACAUAGUGAAAUGUCCCCUGGGGGUAUCAAUUUCCUCGAUGACAGAAACCUGAUGAACAGCCAUGGGAAGGCUCAGCCAGAUGAGGAGGAUGGCCCCUCUGCAGCUGACUACGAUCCUACUGGAGACAUGAAGGAGGACGAACGACGACAUGAGCUCCGGCACGGACACGUCGUACUUCAUGGUGAGCAGCAUCCCAUUGCAACGGAACAACAGCCACAGGAAGAGGUCCAAGCAAAGACUACCGAAAAGACCGGCGGUGAUGACGACGAUGAUGACUUCGAUAUGUUCGCCGAAGACUUUGACGAGGAAAAGUACGCUACAAAACCCGUCGAGCCGGUAGCGCCAAUCGAGGGCGACGGCAAGGCCCCUGAUGUCCCAGCUAUCAAGGGAGGUAUCCUCGAAGGUGACGACAAAGAUGGCUACUACAAGAUUCGCAUUGGUGAAGUCUUGAAUGGUCGGUAUCAGAUCCAGGCAGCACUUGGAAGGGGUAUGUUCUCAGGGGUAGCCCGUGCCGUCGACAUUACCACGAAGGAGCUCGUCGCUAUCAAGAUGAUGCGAAACAAUGAUGCCCUCCGAAAGGGAGGAUACACAGAGAUUGCCAUUCUGGAGAAGCUCAACGAGGCCGACCCUGAAGGUCGCAAGCACAUCAUCAAGUUUAUCCGCCAGUUCGACUACAAGGGCCAUCUGUGCAUGGUGUUUGAGAACCUGAGCAUGAACUUACGAGAGGUUCUGCGAAAGUUCGGUAAUAAUGUGGGUAUCAAUCUGGGAGCGACACGAGCAUAUGCAUACCAGAUCUUUGUCGCUCUCGCGCACAUGCGAAAGUGCAGUAUCAUUCAUGCUGAUCUCAAGCCGGACAACAUCUUGGUAAACGAGAGUCACAACGUGCUAAAGAUCUGUGAUUUGGGUACGGCUAUCGACAAGACGGAUGCGGCGACAGCACACAUGGAUGUCACUCCCUACCUCGUCAGUCGAUUCUACCGAGCGCCGGAGAUUAUUUUGGGCAUCCCUUACGAUUACGCCGUCGACAUGUGGUCCAUCGGCUGCACGUUGUAUGAAAUGUACACCGGCAAAAUCCUCUUUGCUGGAGACAGCAAUAACCAGAUGCUCAAGGCAAUUAUGGAGAUCAGAGGAAGGUUAACGCCGAAGUUGUUCAAGCGUGGUCAGCUAUCGCCAGCUCAUUUCGACGACAAGGGACAAUUCGUCAGCAUCGAACGAGACAAGGUUCUCGGUAAGACAACCGUCCGAACGAUGGCGGUGGUGAAGCCAACUCGGGACCUACGGACAAGACUCAUGGCUGCGUCGGCAGGGAUGAAUGAUGCGGAAACGAGGGAUCUGAACCACUUCAUUGAUCUCCUCGAGCACUGUCUUACACUCAAUCCCGACAAAAGGAUGAAGCCGGCUGAUGCACUGCGCCAUCCCUUCUUUACUGCGCGGGCGGGACAUGUACGUCGGUAAGGAGGGUGUUAAGCAUUCGGAUCAUGGAUUCAUGACGCUGUUUUGAGACAAUCGAAGGCGUGGGAUGAGAGAUUUUGGGGGAAUAUACUUGGCUGAACAAAGCAAGGGAGGAUUAUCGCUGGUUCAAAACAUGUGGUGGUUUGAUCGAUGUCUCCGAACGUGUCACCGCCGUUUUUAAGUCAUGCCUUGCUAUGUCUCACCUUGUCUGUUAUGUCUCGCAUGAGGCCGAGGUUAUUGGAAUCUAGACUUGGAAGAAGCAGGCUAGAAAUUUGAUGGAGUUCUGGAGUAUGAAGCUUGGACGAGGGUCUAAAACGAAUGCCGACAGAGUUGUAAUAACAUAGCUACUAAGGAAUCGCUAACUAAUGCUCGGAUUGUUUGAUGA